ACUAUAAUAAUAUCGUAUCAGUGUGCGGCCAGUAUCAGUGACGAGCACAAUUCCGCAUCAAAACAACAACAAUAACAACAACAGUGGCCACGUUGAAGACGACUCUGGUCGCUUGCGCAGUAGCAUUUACACCUCACCUGACUAGCGAUGGGCGCAGGACGCCAAGCAGUGAUUGACUUGUACAAGACCCUACUUUACAUGGGACGAGACUAUCCACAGGGUUACGAUUUUUUCCGUUCACGGUUGAAAAAAGCUUUCCAACGUAACAGUGACAUCAGCGAUCCCGAACAAAUAAAGAUGUUGGUCAAACGUGGUGAAUUUGUUGUCAAAGAGAUUGAAGCCCUAUACAUGCUCAAAAAAUAUAGAACAUUAAAAGAUAGAUAUUCUACAGAGAAGGAUCAAUCAUAGUCAAUAAAGAUAGUUAUUUAGUGUUUUUUUUUUGUAUAUUAUAUUAUUAUUAUAAAAUAUGUCUUUGUA